CUUUCACUUUGCAUGUGUAGGUGAGGCUAUUUUUUGAGAUGUUGGAUGAAGAGCUGAAAAAAGUGAAUGAGUUUUACAAGACGAAAGAGAGUGAGUUUCUUGAAAGAGGCGAUAUUCUCAAUAAACAGCUUCAAAUACUAUUGGACCUCAAGCAAGUUCUCAGUGACCGGAGUCGGAAAACUCUCCGGUCAAGGUCUGGAUCUGGUUCCGGGUUUUUCAGUCGAUCUCACUCAUCAUCUGGACGGAACUCUGAUUUUUCUGAAACACCAAGUGAUUGUGAAAGUCCAACAGGGACACAAACAGAAGAAGUGAUAGCAGCACUAGAGAAAAAUGGGAUAAAUUUUGUAAAUUCAGCAAGCACAAGAGCUAAGACAAAAAAAGGAGGAAAACCAAAAGUUGCUAUGAGGAUUGAUAUUCCAGCAACAACACCAACACGUACAAUUGCUGCUGUUACAUCUAUGUUAUGGGAAGAUUUAGUUAAUAACCCUAAAAAAGAUGGACCUAGAGAAUAUAUCAACAAGAAGAAAAUACAAUGUGCUGAAAAAAUGAUUAGAAGUGCUUUUGUUGAACUCUAUAGAGGCCUUGGCUUACUCAAAACUUACAGGUUUGUCGUUAAUCUGUCGCUAAAUUAUUUUCAUGCAUGCAUAUAGUAUGUAUAUAAAAGACCACGUGAAAAUCAGGAAUUUCACUAAGAAUAUUGUUAGUGUUCAGAAUUUUGAUAUACAUGAA